UCUGACUGGCAGCGACGAGGUGAGGGGCUCCAGUUUCCUGAAGCCUUCUUGUGUGGACUAAACACCGAAAACAACUUAUAAACCCCAAAUCAUUUUAUUGUUAGGAGCUUUCCUGAUGAAAUCCACCAGUUGAGUUUGCAGGAAAGAUGGAGAAAAAGUUCCCCUCCACACCCGUCAGUGCCGGAUCAUCGGGGUCAGGCUCCGUCCUGCAGGACCCUUCCUCUCCACCUGUCUCCUGUGACUCUUCAGCUUCACCAUCUCAGAAGGACAAAUCAUCUUCAUCCAACCCUGAACCACCGUCUGAUCUCUCUCCACCACCUUGUUCCACUUCUCCACCUGCAGCCUCAGGGUCUGACCCUCAGCCCGGUUCUGUCCCCUCUCCCUCUGCAGCUGCUCCCACGAAGCGCUCCUUUGCUUCUGUGGCCAGGCGGGUGAUCGUGCAGGAGCGUCUCAGGAAGGCAGAGGAGGAGGACGCCCGCGACGAAGAGGACGAUGAAGAACCAGAGGAGGAGCUGAGUGUGGAGCAGCUGGAGGAGAAGGCCAGUACUGGGGAUGCCAGAGCUCAGACCCGGCUGGGUCAGCACUACUUGAUUCUUGCUGAAGAGAAGGAUGCGGAGGUCAACAACCACCACGCUGUUAACUGGCUGAUUAAAGCGGCUAAACAGGGACGAAAGACUGCAGCGAGACUCCUUCAGCGCUGCUGGAUCCAGAAAAAAGGAAUCACUUCAGAGAAUGAGGCCGACGUGCGCAUGUUGUCAACAGAGAGCAGGUUUGAGCUGGCAGUGCGGAAAGCAGCCAUGAUGAUGUACUGGAGGCUGAACCCCGACAGGAAGAGGAAGGUGGCCGUGUCCGAGAUGCUGCAAAAUGUCGGCCAGGUCAACACAGUGCAGGUGGGCGCUACAAGCAGGAUUCCUGUUCCAACUUCAGGCCAAGCACAGAAAGUGUUGGAGUGCAUGGUCAACAAGGACGCCAAUCAGCUGGUGGACCUGGACGACUUUGUUGAGAUAACGAAAAAGUACGCACAAGGCAUCGUCACACCUGUUCCUCUGAAGGACAGCCAGGUCGCACCCAAACCUGAGAGCCCUGCUCUGCCUGACAGCACCAAGGAGCACAAGACGGAGGGAGUGUCAAAAGCAAACAAGAAGAUGCUGAAACAUUCUUGGAGUUUUGGUUGCAGUGGGAUAAUGCUGGACACCCAGCAGACCGGUGCCAUGAAGUCACGCUUGAUGAUGCUGCAGUACCCGCUGCAUGCAGUCGUCGAGAUGAAGGAGCACCUUGUGGACUGGGCGUCACGGGCUGGUGUCAUGUGGCUGAGCACGAUCAUCCCGACGCAUCACGUCAAUGCUCUCAUCUUCUUCUUCAUCAUCAGUAACCUAACCAUCGACCUGUUCGCUUUUGUCAUCCCUCUGCUCGUCUUCUACCUCUCCUUCAUCUCCAUGAUCAUCUGUACUCUGAGAAUUUUCCAGAGCAGCAAGACCUGGGAGAACUUCCGGGCCCUGACGUCUCUGCUGACACGUUUCGAACCGGGCCUGGAUGUAGAGCAAGCAGAGACCAACUUUGGCUGGAACAACCUUGAACAAUACGUUUAUUUUAUCAUUUCUGUCUUUUUCGUCAUCUUCUCCUUCCCGGUAGCUGACAAGAAAUGGAUUCCAUGUUCUGAGCUUUCCACGGUGGCCAUCUUCUUUACUGCUGUCAGCUACUACAGCCUCAGUCCGGCUGCUGCAGCGUACGCACGCAGAGCCAUGUUCAUAGAGGUAGCCUCCAGUCUGUUGUACCUGACCCAGUUACUGCCUGAGGACAUGACAGUGCUUCGUCUCCUCGGACGCACCUUCACCACGCUGCCGCUUGGAGACGCUGUGGUCCUGAAGCUCAGCCUCCCCUGUCUCCUGUAUGUUUACCUCUUCUACCUGUUCUUCAGCAUGGCAAGGACCCGUGGUUUCCGGGGAACUUACUGCUUCCUGAUCCCAUACCUUGUCUGUUUCAUGUGGUGUGAAUUCUCGGUCAUCCUCCUCCAAAAUUCCUCUGCUGUGGGGUUAAUACGCACCUGCGUGGCGUACUUUCUCUUCCUGUUUGCGCUGCCAGUUCUGGCAUUUGGCCUUGCCACCAUGCUCUUCAUCCAGCUCUUUAAGUGGUUCCUUGACCUGGAGCUGACAAAGAUGAUCGUCACCCUGGCCAUCUGCGCCAUCCCCGUCACUCUGCGGCUCUGGACAAGGUACAGCAUGUCUAUCCUGGAUGUUUUCCGCUCUUUCAUGCACUGGGGCCCCGUCAAAUUCAUCCUGCUCUGCAUUUCCAUGGUGCUCCUGCUAUUCUCUGUUUACGUGUACCACGCCGAGGGGCAGAAGGUGUACAACUCCACCCUGACCUGGAACCAGUACAGCCAGGCUUGUGGGCCUUCUGCUUGGGAAACCAAAGGCAUGGCCCAGACGCAGAUCUUCUGCAGCCACCUGCACGGACACAGGGUCACAUGGGUUGGCCGGUUCAAGCACGUCCGUAUAGCUGAGACAGAGAACGGAGCGCAGUCAGUCAUCAACAUUUUACCGGUGUUCAUGGGAGAUUGGCUGCGCUGCUUGUACGGUGAAACGUAUCCCAAAUGUGAGCCAAAGAACGUCUCGUUCGCAAACCUAACAGCUGCAGAACUGAACAGGUCGUCCGUUUCCCUGCCCACACUGCUUCACAUGCAAGAGGAGGAAGAGCUGUGCCAGGUCAAAGCUCUGGCCAGACACUCCUGCCAUGUCAAGCGUUUCGACAGCUACAGGUUUGAGGUGACGGUGGGGAUUGUGCAAGAUGGAAGUGCACAAGCAGAGGACGCAGCCAGAGACAUAAUCCUGAUGGCCAGCCAUGAAUUUAGACAGGUUCUGCUAAAUCUGAGACCCGGGAACGUUGUGGAGUUUAGCAUUAAGCUGGAGGGCCGUUUGGGAGCAAAAGCCCCCUCGUUUGAGCUCAAAGCUGUGCACUGCCUGGACUGCGCUGCGUCCACGUUGAGCGGAGCUCGGCAGGUGAAGAUAGAGAGAAACUGGAGGUGCACCACAAUGAGAGCCCUGAAGUUCGCUUUUGAUUUUUUCUUUUCACCAUUUCUGUCUGCAAACAUCCCGGCCUGA